AUGAAAAAAACUUUAAUUUCCGAAAUAAAACAUUAUGUACAAAAAUAUGAAAUGAAAGGGAGGAUGAUUCAUAGCGUUUAUUUUGGAGGAGGUACACCAAGUUUGGCAUUACCAUCUACUUUUGAAGCCGUUUUAAAUACAAUUUCUAAUGAAUUCACAUUGCCUUCUAACGCCGAAAUAACAAUGGAGGGAAAUCCAACGUCAACUGAAACAAAAAAAUUACAAGAAUUUCAUGCAAUAGGAAUAAACAGAUUAUCACUUGGAUUACAAUCUCUUAAUGAUUCGGAAUUAAAGAGAUUAGGUAGAGAUCAUACGUCAAGAGAAGCUAUUGACGCAUUAAAAGAAUCGCAAAAAAUUUUUGGAGAAAAUGUUACUUUUGAUUUAAUAUUUGGCAGGGAAGGACAAACCGUUGAUGAUUGGAAAGCUGAAUUAAUGGCCGCUUUGGAAAUAGCAUCAAAUCAUAUUUCUUUAUAUGAACUUACGAUAAAGAGAGGAACACCGUAA